AGCUUGCUGCAUUUGUUGUUUAUGUGUCGGUUCAGUGAAGGUCGUAGCUGAGAGAAGCGAAGGAGACAGUAGAAAUCUGGUUCCAUCUUGGUGUGAAAGCUAACAGCUACUGGCCAUUACUCGCCAUCAUACAUUUUAGGGUAUAAGGAAGAUGGCGAGCCAAGAUGGGAAGCUACCAACCUCGGAUAGAAUGCUCAAAACUGUACCUAUGCCACCUAUUGAACGACUUACGCUUAAAGAUGUGUUCGAUUCGAAUGGAAAACCUAAAGCAGAAGUAUUAAAGAAUCAUUUCUUAAAAGAGGGUAGAGUGGAGGAAGAUGUAGCUCUUCAAAUUAUAAACUCGGGAACGGAGCUUUUAAGACAGGAACCCACAAUGCUGGAGGUGGAAGCACCCAUAACAGUGUGUGGUGACAUUCACGGCCAGUUUUACGAUUUAAUCAAAUUAUUCGAAGUUGGAGGGCCUCCAAGCUCUACAAGAUAUCUAUUUCUUGGAGAUUACGUAGACAGAGGGUAUUUUUCAAUCGAGUGUGUUUUAUAUUUAUGGGCGUUGAAACUCCUUCAUCCCAGCACACUUUUCAUGUUGAGGGGAAAUCACGAGUGUCGACACUUAACGGAGUAUUUUACCUUCAAGACAGAAUGUAAAAUCAAAUACACAGAAAACGUGUAUGAUGCUUGCAUGAAGUCAUUCGAUGCUCUUCCUCUCGCCGCGCUGAUGAACAGACAAUUCCUGUGUGUACAUGGUGGAUUAUCCCCAGAGAUUUACACUCUAGAUGAUAUUAGAAAGAUUGAUCGAUUCACAGAACCGCCUGCAUUUGGUCCCAUGUGUGACUUGCUUUGGUCUGAUCCACUGGAAGAUUAUGGCAAUGAGAAAAAUGCUGAGCACUUCAGUCACAACACCGUCAGAGGCUGUUCUUAUUUCUACAGUUAUCAAGCAACAUGUGACUUCCUACAAAAGAACGCCCUGCUUUCAAUAAUCAGGGCACACGAGGCACAAGAUGCUGGAUACCGAAUGUACCGAAAAAGUCAAGAAACUGGAUUCCCCUCUCUCAUCACAAUCUUUUCAGCACCUAACUAUUUGGAUGUCUACAAUAACAAAGCUGCUGUGCUGAAGUAUGAAAACAACGUGAUGAAUAUUCGCCAGUUCAACUAUUCUCCUCAUCCUUACUGGCUUCCGAACUUCAUGGACGUUUUUACAUGGUCGUUACCCUUUGUUGGAGAGAAAGUCACUGAAAUGCUGGUGAAUAUUCUCAAUAUUUGCACGGACGAGGAACUUGAAGGGGACGAAGAUGAAGAACAAAGUGAAGCGAUUAAGAGGAAAGAGGUUAUUCGCAGCAAAAUACGAGCCAUUGGCAAAAUGGCACGAGUGUUCACUGUGCUGAGAGAGGAGAGUGAGAGUGUGGUGCAACUCAAAGGUCUUACCCCGUCAGGACAUUUGCCAGUGGGUCUCCUCUCUGGCGGCAAACAAGGGAUUGAAAGUGCCCUGCAGGGUCAGGUUUUCAGCCCAAACUUCAAGAUCAGUGGUUUUGCCGAGGCCAAAGGACUCGACCAGGUCAAUGAAAGAAUGCCACCCAGAAAGGAUUUACCGGUGCAACCCGGGACCAAGUGAGAGCACGGACAAACAGGAAGCUAUUCAUUGACUAUUAGUAUUGUAGUAUAGUGUUAUAAACCUUGUGAAUACCUGUAAAAAAAUAGCAUCAUCUGCCUCUAAAAGUCUCUCAUUAUCUUUCUCUUGGAUGUAAUAUUUAAGAUUUUGUGUUGCGCUGACAACCAGGUUGGCAUGAUUUCUUCUGCUCCACACUGUGCUGUCAAGUGAAUAUGCUUUGAGGCAUGUGGCGUUGAUAAGGAUGAUGUUCUUUCAAGUGGAUAUCCUGUGACUUGGGAUGUUUCAGUGGGUAUCCUGUGAUGCAGGAUGUGCUGCCAGUUAUUCAGGAGGUAGUCGAUUGGUUCUUGUGAAACAGGGUGUGUCAGUGGUUUUCCUGUGGCCCACAGGUAGCCGAAGGUUUUGCACCCAAGCGAGUUCACAUCCACUGAGUUUGCACCCACAGAUUAGCACUCAUGUUUAUUCAACUAGCAAUCAAGUGCUAAAAUUUUAUCUUUCUCUUACCAAGCAAAAAAGACAACUUUGUUAGCAUAAUGAAACAAGAUCACAAAAACAUGUUUAUUUCUUGUUCUUUAAUACAUUAAAGGUGAAGGCAAACUGGAAAUAGAAAGUUUAUGAUAAGUUCAGGGAUGCAAACUUAGUGGCUGUGAACCUGAUUGGGUGCAAAACAGGUAACAUAUUCUACCAAAAAUGUGAAAUUUUGAGGUUUUACUGAUCCAGAAUUUAUCACCCCUUGCUCACAACAAUAAUUUACCAGUAUAUAAUAUACAGUGUAGAUACAUAUCUAUUGUAGUUAGGAUGUGGAGGUGAUUUUUGUCAGAAUUUUUUUUUUUUUUUUU